UCUUAAAAAAAUUACAAAACUCGGAACAAAAAACCCUUUUGUGUUUUCCUCCUUGUGCUUUCGACAGUCUUGGCAGGCUGUAAAGAACAAAAAGCUUGUUUUAGAAUCACUUGAGAGUAUCUAUUCGACCUAUUCUUUCAUCUUUGUUUUGUGUAUACAUCACGUAUUUACUUUUAUCUAAGGUGGCAACAUAUUAUCUAUCUUUUAAUUCUCUUUGGUAUCUUUUAUAUGGUUCUGCGUGGCAAAUACAAACGAAAUUGCGAAUUAUAAAUUGAUUAUUACUGCAUAGAAUAAUUAAGAUUUCUCCUUGUAAAACUUUGUUUGAAGCUGGUUUACUAUGAAGAUAACUUUAAACACAUCUAAACGAAAAAAAAUUAGAACACGGAAAUCACUCAAUGAAAUUAGGAAGAGAUCAAGACGAUUGAUGCAUCCCGAUACAAAAUGUAAUGGAACAACAGGCGAAAUGGAUAAUAACCAGAAAAAUUAUAAUCAUUCGAUCACAACAAAUCGUCUCACUUUACAAAUGUUUCCAAAUGCUGUUCAGUCUGAAACAGUAACAAGAUGUAGAAAUAGAGUGAAAAAGAAACUAAAUUUAAACUUAAAAGAUUUGGUGCCCGAAACCAAGUCAUAUAUUAUUAACACUGAAGUGGUAGAAAAUGACAAAUGUGAUAAUUCUGAAAAUAAUGUCCAUAAUAUUUCAGAAAAUGAUGAACAGAAACCUGAUGUUAAUAUCGCGUUAGAAUCGCCAGAAGUGGAGAGUGAGUUGCAAAGAGAAAGCGAUAUCGCACAAGUUACAGAACACGACACGCACGCAACUACACCAUCGAGUGACGCCUCAGAUGGACAUUCUACACAUGACAAAUAUUACCUCUAUGAGCAAUUUAUGUCAAACUUAUCAGGAUACCUCAAACAGACUGUCGCAUCAUCCUUGUUAAGUGAAGAAGUCAUUGAAAAUCUUAAAGAGCAUCUGCUGAGUAUAAAAAUACAGUCCAAUAAUAAUAUACAACUUAAACACAAAGCAACAAUAAGCAAUAUGCACAUUUGUAAUGUGUCUGAAGACUUGAUGGUGGAGGACCCUAUGGACUAUAUUCGCCUCAGUUACUCGGCUAUGCAAAAUUCUCCUAGUCAACAAAGUGAAUGUAGCACAGGGACCUCUGAUGGUGUAGAUUCUCUCCUUCAUAUGCACUCGCCACAACUAAUGAGUUCAUCCUCAAGAACAGAUAUAUCAGACACUCCUGAGUACAUAUAUUUUCCCCACAAAUUGAACUAGUUAGGAAGCAUUCAUUGUAAAUA